AGAGUAGCGUCAUUUUAUUCAAAAUUUUACUCUAGCUACCUUAGUUUUUAMUUUUUAGAGUCGUUUAAUUCAAUCACUAAACAAUGUCCAAACAAACAAAAUUGAAGAAGAGAAAAAACGCAACCGUAGAACGACCAGAUUACAAUAAUUUAACCACUCCRAGUCCUGCAAAGAAACGAAUCAAGUGUGAUGAUAUUAGAGAUUUUAUGUCAUGGAGUCGAGARACAGUUGCUGUUUUUCUGCAAGAUAAAGACCUUGGAAAUGUUGCUUCUGUAUUCAAGGAAAAUGGCGUCACCGGAAAGGAUUUGAUUAAUAUUGAUGUACAGAACUUACAAAACUAUGGAAUUAGUGAUCAAGGUACAAUUGACAAGUUACUUGCAGUCCUGCAACUGUUUAAAGCWGGAGCUUCAACUACUUGUUCUGUACCACCAUCACCAGCAUUGCAURSUAARGUGUUCAAUGACCCUGUUCACGGUCAUAUAGAGCUGCACCCACUGCUUGUAAGCAUCAUCGAUACUGCACAGUUCCAGCGUCUAAGAAAUAUCAAACAGCUGGGUGGCUGUUACUUUGUUUUCCCUGGUGCAGCACAUAAUCGCUUUGAGCACWGUAUUGGAACAUCACAUCUUGCUGGACGUCUGGUAAGAAGUCUACAGAAAAGACAACCUGAGCUUGGAAUUACAGAACAGGAUGUGUUGUGUGUGAGAAUUGCAGGACUUUGUCAUGAUUUGGGRCAUGGACCUUUUUCCCACAUGUUUGACAUUCAGUUCAUCCCAGCUGCAAGACCUGGRUAUCCUUGGAAACAUGAAGAAGCCAGUGUUAUGAUGUUUGACCAUCUUGUAAAAGAAAAUCAUUUAGAGCAAGACUUCARAAAAUAUGGCCUUAGUAGCCAAGACAUGACAUUCAUCAAGGAACUCAUUGCGGGGCCAAGAGGAGACACUCCAGCAAAAACACAGGACUGGCCCUACUUUGGGAGAACAAAGUCUAAAAGCUAUCUCUAUGAGAUUGUUGCCAACAAGCGUACUGGUAUUGAUGUGGACAAGUGGGAUUACUUUUCUCGGGACUGUCAUAAUCUUGGAAUUAAGAACUCUUUUGAUCACAGACGGUAUAUAAAGAUGGCAAGAGUAAUUAAGGUUGAGCAAAGAAUGACCAUAUGUGUGCGGGACAAGGAGGCUGGUAAUAUAUACGACAUGUUCCAUACMAGGUUCUGCCUCUUCAGACGUGCUUACCAACACAAGACAUCCAAUAUCAUUGAAAUCAUGAUUUGUGAGGCAUUACUAAAAGCUAAUCCAUAUUUAACAAUUGAAGGAAAUAAUGGAGUUCUUAGAAAGAUGUCUGAAGCAAUAGAUGAUAUGGUYGCCUAUACAAAGCUAUCAGAUCAUGUUUACUAUCAAAUACUGUAUUCCUCUGAUCCCAACCUUCAACCGGCUAAACAAAUUCUCCAGCGAAUAGAAAAACGACAACUUUACAAGUGUAUUGGACAAACAAUCCUGAAAACUCGUAAAGACAAAGAAGAAAUUCCAGACAUUUGUGAUGAGAUUGUUGGAAAAGUACCACCUGAUAUGGACUGUGGGAAAGAACUAGAUCCAAGUGAUAUCACUAUUGAUUUGGUAACAUUUGACUACGGAAUGAAAGAUCAAAAUCCAAUUGACAAUUUACGAUUCUACACUAAACAUGAGCCAAAUAARGCACAAAUCUUCCGCAAGCAUCAGGUAUAA